AUGACACCCUCACAUGCUGUGAUACAAUUCCUCUUUGCGUCUCUGGCUGUUGGCCAGCAGAUCUAUCUUGAUGCAAAGGGUCCUACUGAGCGUCCUCAAUGCAAGGCUGCAAAGACGCAUGAGCCAAAAUAUACACAUACACCGUUUAGUUAUACCCUCUCUGAGACUGUGAGAUAUGCUACUUCGGUACCGUCUCCUACUACAACGGCUACAUACGCCAAUCCACCAGAGUCUCUCAUCUCUCUCGUGUCUUCACUGUCCUUCACAACCUGGGGAAAAUGGGAUCCCAAUGCCACCACAAAGGCCUCGGAUACAGAUGAUCCCUAUGGACACGCCGCAUGGACUGCCCUCUGGGAACAUGCAAACCCACCCAACUUCACCGAGACGGGAAUUUUCAGCACAACUGUAUCUCCCACUCCAAUUCCGAGCAGUGAGCUAGUCCUUCCGCCACGAGACUACUUUGGUCCUUCGGAUUGCUACAAUUUCCCCAAGAACUUCAGCUUCGGAGUAGCCAGCUCUGCGAGUCAGAUUGAGGGUGCAACUGCAGAAGAGGGUAAGGCGCCAUCUCUUAUGGAUAUCCUCGUUCAAGAUGGUCGUGUGAAGGAUUAUGUCACGAACGAGCAUUAUUACUACUAUAAGCAAGAUAUUGAGCGCGUUGCUGCGAUGGGCGCUAAGCAUUUCUCGUUCAGUAUUGCAUGGACAAGAAUUCUGCCUUUUGCUCUGCCUGGUACACCUGUCAACCAGGAGGGCAUCGACCAUUACAACGAUGUGAUCAAUUUCAUCCUCGAGAAGGGCAUGACUCCUGAAGUUACCCUGCUUCACUUCGAUACGCCUCUUCAGUUCUUCGGCAGCAAUCUCACCAAGGCUGCCGAUAGACCUGAAAUUGGCUACGUCAACGGCGGUUAUCAGAAUGAGACUUUCCAGGACGCUUUCGUUCACUAUGCAAAGGUUGCAAUGGCGCAUUAUGCAGACCGUGUACCUGUUUGGUUCACGUUCAACGAGCCUCUUCUCUACUCAUACAAUGCACUUUCCAUCAACAAUGUGGUCAAGGCCCAUGCGCGAGUUUAUCACUGGUAUAAGGAGGAGCUUGGCGGAAAGGGCAAGAUUGCGCUCAAGUUCAAUAAUAACUUUGGCGUGCCCCGGGAUCCCAAGAGUGAAGCUGAUGUCUAUGCUGCGGACCACUUCAACUCUAUUCAACUGGGACCUUUCUGUAACCCGAUUUACCUGGGCGAGGACUAUCCCGAGUCAUUCAAGAAGACUUUUGACGAUUAUGUUCCUCUGAGUGAGGAUGACCUCAAGUACAUUGGCGGCACCGCAGAUUUCUUGGGUAUCGAUCCAUACACUGCUACCGUCAUCGCACCACCCGUCCCAGACGAAAAAGACAGCGUCCUCGAAUGUGCUUCAAACUCCUCCUCAACCUUCCGUCCCUACUGCGUCAACCAAACCACCACAACCGUUAACGGGUGGAACAUCGGCUACCGCUCCCAAAGCUACGUGUAUAUCACACCCACCUACCUGCGCAGCUAUCUCAACUACCUGCACAACACAUGGAAGACCCCCGUAGCUCUUACAGAAUUUGGUUUCCCCGUUUACGGCGAGGCUGAAAAGGAUCUAUCUGACCAAUUGUUUGAUACGCCAAGGAGCAUUUACUACCUGAGUUUCCUGUCGGAGACGCUCAAGGCGAUUUGGGAGGAUGGCGUCGAGGUUGUUGGAGCGUAUGCGUGGAGCUUUGCGGAUAAUUGGGAGUUUGGGGAUUAUGAUCAGCAUUUUGGAAUACAGACUGUCAAUAGGACGACACAGGAGCGGAGGUAUAAGAAGAGUUUCUUCGAUAUGGUGGAUUUCAUGAAGGCGCGUGGAGUGGAGUGA